UUUAAUAUAAUAUAUACAUUUUUUCAGAAUUUCACAAUUUUGAAAGACUCAGUCUUGCAGCAUGCAGCUAUUAAAAAUUAUACAUUAAAGAAAAAGAAAUGUAAAUUUAUUAUUUAAUAAAUAAAAUUCAAUAUUUAAUAUACAUAUUUAUACAUACUUUUUAUCGUAUCUUGAAACAUGUUUGGAUAAAAUUGUCGAUCUUGGUCAAGAUCAAAAAAUGAAGUUAAAAUUAAAUAAUAUCAAACAUAGAAAACGUUGUAAUAAAAUAUCAAGUGUGUCAAAGAUGGAAAAUCAAGAUGAUGCGGAAAAAAGGGAAAUUUUUCAAAAUGAAAUUCAAUUCGCGGUAAAAAAUGAAAGAGGGAAGCUUUGCCACGAGCUAAUUAAAUUCAUUGAACUAAAUAUUGCAAUGGAAUCAAUUUCCAAUGGAAUCAAUUUGUUAGAUCCUCUUCUACAUGCAAACUAGAGUUUCAACAAAGUUAUUUCUGAAAUAAAUUGAUUCGAUACUAAGAAUUUUCUCAUCGAUUUUUCAAAUUCUCCCUUUUUCAAAUUAAUUAAUUAAUCAAAUCGAUAUUAAAACUUUGAUAUUGCCUUUAUUCUAAUAUAAGAUUCUCUUUCUCUCUCUUAUAUGCACCGUAUAAUAUACCAUAAAUAUUAUAUUUCUGAAAUAAUUAUAGGUUUAUGAUAUCUUAUUACACCGAUACGAGUUUCUCGAACGAAUAAAAAUUAUACGAUUGCUCUCUUCCACGUGUUUCAUUCUUAUUCGCAUAUCCUGAUCGUGUCCACUAUCUUUUACGAUUAGAAAAAUGAGUCGUGGAAUACAGUUACAUGCGAAUCAUUCAAUCAGAAGGGAAUAGUUUUUACAAUGAUCAUUUUCACGAGAUCAUUUAAUCCAUUUUCAUUCUUUUCUUUCAACAAUUAAUCUCACGUUGAAGAUAUAUAAAUAUCAGUUCAAAUGAAUAAUUUUCUUCUUUACGAAGAACUUUACAAACUGUUGAUUAAACACAUUACAAUUUACAUCACUCAAUUAAUUGCGAAAUCAAGUAUCAAAAAUUAUUUCAUUUAUUACAUGAUUUAUUAGAAUUUAAAUUAGUCGAAAGUUGAAAAUUAAUUAACAAUAAAAAAGAAAAUUAAAAUUCUGGAUCAGUUACAUCACUACUUUCUUUACAAAUAAAAAGAAAUUAUUUAACAUUGGCAUUUUUAUAUCGAUAUCAAAAAAGUCUCAUCCUCGGAUCAUUUAAAUGAUCUCACACAAGUCACUAAAACUCAACGAACCAUAACUCAACCAAGAAGUAGCCAAGAAGCGAUUAUGUCUGUAUCGAUACUCUCACCCUAUUAAACAAGUUCCAGUGAAAAAAAAAGGGAAAGACAAGCGGAGAGACACUCUUUCGAAUCUCGAGAAUGGAACGUCUCCUCUCCAGGAAAAUAAAUGACGUGGACAGAAUUCGAUACUUGUGAACAGGAGUUCCACGCAAAGAAAUUCGUUUUUGUGAAAAACAGAAAAGAGAGAAAGAAUGAAAGAGAUUGUUUUCUAUGCGAAAUGAAGCGAAUACCUGACAAGAGUUGGAAAAAAGGAUUGCAUCUUUCGAAUGUUGAAAAGGGUGUCGUUUGAAAGUUCGCUUCGACUAUCUUUGACUUGAGAUGAUUGCUUUUGAAAACCACGAGUGUGUAGAAUAAAAGUACAGGAUUAAUAAAGCAUUGAAAAUGCAUUAAAAUUUCGUGUAUAAUAAUAAGAGAAAUUAAAAUUUGAAUGAGCUGAUCGAUUAAAGAAGGAAUAUUUGAUUGCUAAUAGAUCGACUUGUUUAUAUCAGAUUCGUGAGAUAUCUAAUUGCUUCUAAAAAAAUUAGCAUAUAAAUAUUAAGUCAAUAUUAAUUUUCAUUAUAAAUUGUUAUGAUCGUAAAUAAUCUUUUUCAUUCUGAUUUAUUAUUAUCGCAAAGUAUACAUCAUAUGCCUUUUGAAUUUAUUUUUCCAAAUAUUUUUCAAUUCACUUGUGUUCAGUUGUGAAAUGUUGAGAAACAAAGGGAUGGAGAAUCUUUCCUUAUUUUACAACAACAAAAGAAAAGUCUUUCUGUGACAAAAACGAAUAAUCCAAAUCAAGUUGACAUAAGUCGCAGUGUUACACUUUAAAGUCUCACUCUUGUCAAUACAAACAGACCAUGGACAAUAACUGUAAACAACUUGGAUUUUAAGUCUAUUUAAAUAAUGUCUCUUGUGCAGUGUAAUUAAUAUUUAUGAGCAUGACAAUGGCCAGACAAUAUACAUACAAAAAUAUAACUAACUCCUUAUUAAUUGCUGUUAAUCAUAUAGUUGAAGCCUGGAAAUUCAAUCAGGUGAAUCAGUCGCGAAUUGUACGCCAUUCACGAUCAACGUGGACUUCUUUUUUUAUUUCGUGCGAAAUAAUUAUUAAUUACAAUUAAUAGGAUUAAGAUCAUUAUAUAACGUCAUCUUGCGCUCGGUAUAAAUGAUACUACAUUUUAUUGAAUUUGUAUUAAAAUUCGAUUCCUUCCAAUCGAAAUUCUCAAUUACGAUGGAUCGAACGUAUUAACGUUCUAAAAAAGAAAAGAAAAAGUGUUCGUUAUAAAUUUGAAUAAUUAUGACAAGAAAAUUUCCUUUUUGUCUCUGGGAAAAAUGAAUUAAUGAAAUAAAGAAAGAAAUAAACAAAAUUACAAAUUCAAAUUGUAAUUAAUAAUUACGAUUUUAUAUCGCAUAAUAAAUUCUAUAUCUCGUUCAACGAAUAAACACAUACACACGCACACAAGAGGAAGAACAAAACAACAUCUAUCUUUCCAAUAGGGGAAAAAAAAGAAAAAGUAUAAUUCCCGAUCACUUUUUCGCAAACUCGUCCAUUCAUCCCCAAACUCGAGCCAACUCGUAUAAAUUCUCGUCUCAUCCCUUUCAUCCAACAAAUAUAUUCGUUCCGAUCUCAAGAGAAGAAAAAGAAAAAGAAACGAAAGAAGAAAAAACGCGAGGAAGAGAGAAAUUUCCGCUUUUUUUCGGCUCGAAUAAAAAUAGCGGGGCAUUUUAGCGGGAAAGGGUGGAAUAAAGAAGAGGAAAGAUGAUGGAUGGAGGUGGCCAGGACACGGGAAGAGGAACGAUGGAAGCCACGAGGAUGUUCUUCUGCCGAUUCGAGGUGCGCAGAAGCGGUGCUCGGCGUCGUUUAUCGCGACGAGGACAAACGCAGUCGUAAUCCGCGCGGCAUCCGUGCCGGUUCGUCGUUUCGUUGUGAAUCCGAUUCGAAGCGUAUCCACUCGGCCAAUUUCCUUGGAUCGUUGCAAAUUUCAAUUUCAAUUUGAAGAGAGAAGCCGAAGAACAUUGAUGAAAGAUUGGCGUUUUGGUUGAACGAGGAAGGAGUGUAAGAACUCCAAGUUUUUGUGCUUUUGACGAUGAAACGUCGUUGUUGAAGAAUUUGAAAGAAUUGGGGAUUGAAAAAAAAUAAAUAAAUUGUAGAUAUUUUGAUUCGAGAGAAAUUGGAAGACGUUCUCCAGAUGAUGAAAUGAUUCAUUGUCAAGCAAUCGCGUUUUGUGAAUUCUUGCGAGGAAAUUGAACAACGUGCAAUUGUUUUGCCAUAUUCGAAGAAGAGUUUGGAGAUCAAGAAAAUUGAAGAGAUUGGAUAUUCUGUUCUAUUUCCCAAAGGGAGACUGGAAAGUUGAAAUUUUAGAGAAUCUGAAAAGAGUUUAAAAAUCGAAAAAGGAUUAAAGUGAACAAAAUUAGGGAAUCUUAUGCAGUGUAUAAGAAAAGAUGAAUUUCACAUCGAAAUCUACGUGUGUAACAAAAAAGUGAAGACUGUACUUUCCAUUUCCAUUUCCAAUCAAGCAUCAAAAACCCAUCCAUCCAAAUAACAUCACAAAAAUAUGUCCACCAGAGUAUCACAAAGAAUGACCAAUCCAUAUAACCAAACUCCUAAAACGAAUCCAACCCAAACCUCUACCUAGAUCUCCCUCCAAUUAUCAUCUCUCCAAACCGCCACCAAUCAAAGUAUGUCCACGAAUCGCAUGGAAUGAUAAAUAAUGGAUCAGCUAACAACCAUCCUCCCAAACGUGUCCAAUCUCGUCCUCUCCUCCCUUUACUUUCAAAACUUGUCAACCCUCUACACGAACGACGAAAUAAACUCGGCCCCCGACUCAGUCCCCCACAGAGACUCACUGCACAUCGUCAUCCCGGUGACAAUCAUCUACGUGUCCAUCUUCGUGACGGGGAUAAUCGGGAACAUAAGCACGUGCAUAGUGAUCGCGCGCAACAAGUCGAUGCACACGGCGACCAACUAUUAUCUGUUCAGCCUAGCUGUGUCAGACCUGUUGCUGCUCGCCUCAGGCCUCCCAGCAGAGAUCUACAUGGUCUGGUGCAAGUAUCCCUACGUAUUCGGCGAGGGUUUCUGCAUUCUGCGUGGUUUGGCCGCCGAGACAUCGACGAACGCCUCUGUCCUCACAAUCACGGCGUUCACUGUCGAGAGAUACCUGGCCAUAUGUCACCCAUUUUUGUCCCAAACCAUGUCCAAGCUGACCAGGGCGGUGAAACUGAUCCUCGUCGUGUGGCUGGUGGCUCUGUCGUUCGCCUUGCCCCAGGCGCUGCAGUUCGGCCUCGUGCAACACAAGGCGCAUCCGGAGGUGGUGAUGUGCACCGUGAAGAGGAUCCUGCUCCAACACUCCUUCGAAUUGUCCACCUUCCUGUUCUUCGUCGUCCCGAUGAGCCUCAUCACCGUGCUGUACGCUUUGAUCGGUUUGAAGUUGAGAAAGUCGAACAUGAUGAAGAGGAGCAGAGGGAGAGAGAUGGGAGGAAGUUGCAGGCAUCAGACUGGAAGGUCCUCGAGGAGAGUGCUGAAGAUGCUUGUUGCAGUGGUGAUAGCAUUUUUUAUUUGUUGGGCACCAUUUCAUGUUCAACGACUGAUCGCCAUUUAUGGGACAAACUCCGAGGAUCACAUAUCCUCGAACAGCGAAUGGAUCGAGUUCCUCUAUCUUCUCAUGACCUACAUAUCCGGCGUAUUCUAUUAUAUCUCUACGACGAUUAACCCUAUUCUGUAUAAUAUCAUGUCGAAUAAAUUUCGUGUUGCAUUUAUGGAAACACUAUCGAGAAGUUGCAGAAUACCCGGAUUACCGAUACGACAUGAACAACGUUCAUAUUCGAGCCUGUCUCGAUCGCAACAAAGAGUAAUUGGUGGAUCGAGAAAUGUAGGAACGGCUGGAACUGGAAUUGUUCAUGAAAGUACUGAUUAUUCGGGAAAUUCUGGCCAUGAAGACAAUUCAAAACAAUUUACGUCACUUGUUGAUCAAUUAAAAAUAGAUACAAUCCAAAACAAUAUCAACAAAAAAUACGAAGACAUUGGCAGAUUAGACAUACUUUCAAAUGAGGUUAAACACAAGAAUGAUGUAUGUUUGAAAAAUUCAAGAAAAUAUACCACUGUGAAUGUGGAUGAAUCUGGAAAGAAAUGGUGGCGUUUGCUAAAGUGGUUUCCUGGUUUGAAAUCUUUAAAAUUCUCAAGAAGAAAUACGUAUACUAUUCCGGAAAAUCAUAUCUUGAAGAGGCCAGAAGAAAUCUCGAUGACUUUAUGGAAUGAAACUAAUCAACAGCGACCUGUUUGAUAUAAUAGAGUUUUCGAAAGAAAAAGAAUUACGAUAAAAUUGAGGUUAUAAGGAAUAAUAAUAAAUUGAAAGUGAAAUAAUAUGACUCUUUUUUUGUUAUUAAUUUUAAAUUACAAUCAAUAAUUAUAAGAUUGAGUUUUGAAUGAAUGAUUAAAGUAUGAUAAAUGAGAUUAAUUGAAUUUUAUGCAAUAUAGAAAAUAUUCUCGUUUCAUAUUAUUUGAUCUCACAAAUUUUUCGAAUGAAAUGAUAUUUUGCGAAA